AUGACUUCGAACAAGUUAAGAAACCCGCCCGAAGACGGUGAAGAACCGCGACGACAGGUAGGCGGAAGAACAAUGCUUGAGGACAGGUGGCCUAAGAUAUUGCUGGAUGAAUGGGAGAGAGGCUGUGUGUACCUGACCCCGCUGGGCCUCCAAACUGGUUCCUCCGCCGGCUACGAACCUUCCGGUUCUGGCUUUGCCUUUGUUGGGCUGUACAGUUAUCAGCGGUCUCUACUACGGCCGUCUUUAUAA